AUGAGGACCCCUUGGCGCGCCCGGUCCUCUCCGCUGUUGCUGCUGCUGUUGCUCGGUCUCCUGCUGCUCCUGCCACCCUCGGGUGACCCCGCCGUCAUCACUGGGGCUUGUGACAAGGACCCCCAGUGUGGAGUUGGCAUGUGCUGUGCUGUUAGCAUUUGGAUCAGAAGCCUCCGAAUGUGUACCCCGAUGGGCAACGUGGGAGACAGCUGCCAUCCGCUUACUCGGAAAGUUCCAUUUUUUGGGAAGAGAAUGCAUCACACCUGUCCUUGCCUACCUGGGUUGACCUGUGUACGGACUACCUUUAACCGAUUUCGAUGUUUACCCAGGAAAUAA